AUGUCUGCCCUACCAUCUGUCUCAGACAUGACGAAGUUGCAGACGGUCAAGUACGCCAAUUUGGGCAGUCUUGCAAUCUUCGUAUUUGAUUAUUGCAUCACUUUUUCCGAAGAGGUGCGAUGGACAUGGUUCAAACCAUGGGACGUAAUUCGUAUUAUCUUCAUCAUUUCCCGAUAUUUGCCUUUCGCGGGUGUUGGAAUAACUGCAUAUUGCGACGAUCAGUGUGCCGCUACUCUGGAAGGAUAUAUCAUUGACGUCAUAAGUAUCGUUUCUGCGGAAGCCUUGCUGGUUAUUCGGACCUGGGCAUUCUGGCAAAAGAGUAAACGAUUGCUGAUCGGGUUAUUGGUUUAUAGUGUGUUGUCAGUCGCCGCCGCCAUUGCUGUAGACCUCAACCCUGCAGUGUUGAUUCCAGGAGAGGGGCCCUCUGCCGCAGGAUGUUAUUUCGAGAGCACACGCAACUCUGCAGUAGUAUACAUGAUCUUGGCGAUGUUUGAAAGCGUGAUGCUGAUCCUUACAGUGUAUAAGAGGGUCCGUGACUAUAAAGACCUUCAGAGCGGAAUUAUAGUAACGCUGUACCAUGAUGGCAUGUUUUACAUGUUGUGCAUCCUCGCCAUCACACUCGCCAAUGCUAUCAUCGGAGCUGCACUUCCAAUCGCCUAUAGCAAUUUGUUUGACUCGCUACAGCUGGUCAGUCAUAGCGUCCUGGCAUCACGAAUUCUAUUCCGCCUUCGGCGUAACAACGAACAUGUCCACGAACCGUCCAUUUCAGUAACGACGUUAGACACUGCGAACUAUUUACGACCUUCAUCAACGUCGAUGGGUGGGAUAGGUACUACCAGUGGAGGUCAGGGAAUAUAG